CGGAAGAGUGACGUCACACGAUGAGGGCGGGGUGGUUGUCUGUAGACGGGCAUCAUCAUCAUCAUGCAGGAUACAUUGUCGCGGCUGCAAUGAUGUACGCGAACGAGUAAGAAGAGACGCUGCGGGCACGGCGAGAGAUUAUUUGCUUUUAAACCCAUUCCCACCAUUCUUUCAUUAUGUCGGGCGGGGAUCUUCGCGUCCUUUGCCAAGAACCUGGGCAGGAGAGCCCGAGGAUGCCGGCCUGGAAACGCGAGAUCCUGGAGCGGAGGAAGGCGAAGGGCGGCGGGGCAGGUGCCGAAUCGGUCGCAUCUCGACUUAACGGCGAGGUAACGGGAAGCAAAAGCAAGGAUGAUGUUACCGGCGCACAUUCCAGUCGGAACUAUACAAUUACUCCCGCCAGUCAGCAUUUUACUGGCAAGCCCACGACCAGAAGCCCGGAUCUGUCACCGGUGAAAACAAAAGACCACUGGCAGUCCACGGACUCGCUCGACACGGAGGAGAGAACGGUAAGAGACAACGGAGCGCAUGAGAGCAUGGUGCUGCAAGAGAGCUUGGGUCCGCUGCAAGAGAACCCGUUUAUUAAACUAGAGAAAGAGCGCAAAAAGCGUCAGAACCAAGAGAACGCCACCCGUCCCGUUCAACACAUCUUGGAGUUAUACGGUAGCGUUCCUGGAAUACGGACUAUACGCGCUGAUAAUAUCAUCAUUAUUGAAUCUGACCCGGAUUACUUUACGGAUGGAUGUAGUUUGAAGCACGCAUCAAAGGUGCAUGAGAAUGGCACGUUGAGCGGAUAUAGCUCUCUCAAUGACCUGUUAGACCGGAGAGGUAGUCCGGUUACCGAGAUACGCGCGAAGGAAGUGGUAGUUUACGAUACCGGGCUGAGUAAAAGCGAGGAGAACCUCAGUACACUCGGGCGCCCGGAUGCGGCCCCUAUGGAGUGUCAAGGUAGGGUCAGUCGCAUGCUCCAGAAAUUUGACAGGAAUUACGGGAAGUUUCAAACCAAGUCACGCAGCACAGAAAACCUCCUAGACUUUGAUUCUAGUCCUGUCCGUCCAAGCUCCAGAUCCAAACCCCAGCCAGAUGUGGUGCCAAAAGUUGUCCAGCAACCCGGAUCGCCUGUCCGUACUACAUACGGCAAAGUCUUCCAGAACAACCAACAGUCUUCCAUAAGCAAUCAUUACGACUCUCCUAGUGACUCGGGGAGCAGCACGCCUGCUUUGGGAUCCCCACUCUUAGUGUCUUCCACCCGUAGACGUUACGAGGGAAGUGGGGCCCGGAGUGCAACUGCUCAUCCCAUGGAAGAUGGUGAAAGAUCUCCGUCCAAGCUUGUUAGAGAAAGGGACUGGGACAACACAGAUGGAGCAUCCAAAGCCAAGGUGCCAUGCUCUACACAGAGCCACCGUGCCCGUGCCGACUGUACUCCCACAUCGCCCCCUUUAUCGCCCAGCUUUGAAAUACGCCCCUCCCCUCGCCCAGAUCUUUCUCUUCUUCCAGCUGGUGACAUUCAGGCCCGAGCGCUUGCCAACCUGCGUCUUCAGUCUCGUAAUUCUUUUACCGUCAUUCCCAAGGGUCGUGUUGCCAUCUCAUCCCCUGGAAGCACGGCACCCUCUAGUCCUGUCCUUUCACCCCCAUCCCCACGGCCCCUGGUGGGCGUGACCGUUUCAGACCCCGCAGUGCCAACUCCUGUUUUGCCCACACACUCUGCACCAAAACUCAUAGAAACGGUAAAUGUAGAAGCCAAAACAGAGCCUUCAAAACGCACCCCGUCUGCCACUCCCGAUUCACCUGUUCCAGCUUAUCCCCCUUCAGCUGGAUCACCUGUUAAAUCGGUCCCAUCUAAAGAGGAAUCGCUGGUUGAUAAACUGCCUGUCACUAACAUCGAUGACAUAGUUGUUGAGCCCACGCCGCCCCCACCAAGCCCUGCGGUGCAGAGGCGCAAAGGGAAUACGUUUACAGUCGUUCCAAAACGAAGGCCAGAUGCCCAGCCCUCCACUCCCGAUACCCAGGAGCCUUCCAGUGACUCUGUGGGCACACCACCUGCCUCAGAUGCCCCCUUCUCACAGCUGGGCACCCAGCUUAAAAAGCGCUAUCCUGCUGCAGAGGAGAUAGAGGUCAUUGGGGGCUACCUCUCACUUGGGCGAUCCUGCCUCUCAAAGACAGGUUCAACAGGAAAAAAGCUGAAAAUAUCCUUCAAUGAGUCUAGCCUGCAGAGCACUUUUGAAUACCCAUCUGAAAACAGCGUGUGGGACAGUGGAGAGGAGGAUGAGGAAGGAGAGGAAAAAGGAGGAGAAGAAGAUGGAAAUAUCAGCACCGGGAGGAUAAACAUUCCUCGCGCCAGCUACGCCGGCUCACCCAGUCACUCCAACAACACCACGGAUUUGUCCAGUUAUACACCUAAACACUCAAUGGAUUUUAACACAUGGCAAGAACACAAGCAUAGUGACCCUGCUGUCAGAGGGCAAGAUAAUUCACAAUCUACAAAGGAUGUCAUGCUGACACCUGCUGACAGCUCCUCACUGUCAGACUUCAGCAGCGAACCAGCCCUGUACUUCUAAGCCUUCUAGACGUCUGGGAGAUGUGGGACCAACCACUGCCUGUAUUCACCAGCCUGGAUACAAAGCAACAAGACUUCCUGAACAACAGGACCAGUACAAACCAGCAUGUAAACAUACAUUCCGUAUACUGUAUCCGUAUGGCACCAACAGCAGGACUGUCUACAUCCUACAUGACAGAUCUGCCAUUCACUAUCUAUUGCCACUGAUUGUGAUGGACUCUGCUCAUAUAGCUUGAAUAGCCAUUCAGCCAUUGAAUUCCACUCUUACGUCAUGUUCUUGCGCUAUAUGUAAUCCUAACCUCAUAAAAGUGACCAAAUUCACAAAAGAUGGAAAGCUGACCUUCUUGAAAAAUUAAAGGGACAUUUCUGAGUGUGUCUAAUGUGAAACCACAAAGAGGACAAUAGUGCAUAAAAAAAAUAAAUGAAAGAGACAUUUGUAUGUAUGACUGUUGAAGGGUGCCACGAUCAUUGUUCUUUGUGACUCUUUUUGUAUGUGCAUGUGUAGGUUUCUAUUGACAAAGCUCUUAAAUGACUCAUCCACAUUCAGUCAUGUAUGUUAGCUUCUAUAUACUGUAUGUGUUUUCUUCAAGACGAUAGACAUUUCUGAUGCAUAGACCGAAAAACUAAAUUAUACAGCAGAAAUGCUAACAAGAUGCUAAUUGACUUAAGCUAGCGUUAUUGGGGGUACAUUUCUUUUACUGUAAUAUUCUUGACAGGUUUUCGUGAGAUUUACACUUCAUGCAAUUGAUCUGUUUAGGGUUGGUGUUACCAACUAGAGCAAUUUGUCAGUAAUCACGUACUUAAUUUAUAAUUGUUUGUCUUUGUUAUUGCAGUACACAAUGGGAGUAGACAAUUUUAGACAUAAAGGGAAUAUUAUGUUUUGUUGUGAACGGGCACGCUGUAUGCAUGAGCCGUGUGUGUGUGAAAAGCAGAUCUGACUAUGUACACACAAUGCCAACAUACUCAUGUGUAUCAUGUCUAUUAACUGGCUUUGCUGAAUCUGCUGACUUGUUUCCGACAGUCUCUCUGACCAGUAUUCAUGUACAGUUUGUACGCUCUAUGAUGAGGUUUGCCUAGUUUAUGUCAUUUAUCACUUUUCAUAUGUUUAUUCAAACAACUGAAAUCGACAAUGGCACCAAGGUGCUUAGGGAACAUAUUUUUUAAAUUAUACGUGUACCAUCAAGUUACAUGAGGACAUCUUACAUCUCUGUCCUGUACUUUUGUAUUCAUUCAUUUGCACUCUUUUUGCUUUAUUUUGCACCUUAAAGAGUCAAGUUUGACAGCUGUAAGCUUCUGUCUUGGUUAAAAUAAUUGUAGUCUGUUGUAAUUUGUAUUCAUCCUCACAAACUGUUAGGUUCUCUUUUAGAUUUUUAGCAAUUAAAAACUGUCCCUGGUGGUACCAAAACUCAGACUUGAAACACAGAGAUAUGCUUAAUAGUCUUUGUUCACACUGCACAUUUCUUAUUUGUUUAUAUGAACAACCGAAAGUCCACACUGCUGUCCAGCGCUGUUUGGUCAUACCGUGUAGUCAAUAUCUGGUAUAUUAACAGUGGUUGCAAUAGUAACCACAUAAGGGUCAACACAAUGCCAUUAAAUAAGGAGUUCAGAUGCAAAACCCUCUGACGUUUACUUGUAAAUGAGCAUUUUCAUCAGGCUCUUAUGUUGAGGUUUAGCAAUUUCACUUUAAUGGCAAUGAAAAGGUUAUUAGUAAUGGAAAUGCCAUUUCCCCCACAAAUGUCAUUUUAGUAAUUUCAUUGGUAUUUAACAAAUUUGACUUUUUUAGUCUUUUGUUGCAAAACCCUCUUAAAGGCAUGCAAAUAUCUCCACUUCUAAAAAAAAAGAAAUUUCUUCAGACAAGACAUAGUAAACAAAAUCACUAAAGAUGCAACUAGAAGCAUUGCAAAUGAUGAAUGUCAAAAGGUAAAAAUAAAGAAACUGGACCACACAUUAAGAGGUGCUCUGAACCAUGUCCUUGCCACAUUCGGGUUGUAUUCAGGUCCUCAUUCAUUCAAGUACCCAAAAGGGACACAAGUUUGAAUGUCAUCCAAUUCGUUUCCAUGCACCCUUUGCUUAAAGGUGCAGUGUGUAAAUUUUAGCGGCAUCUAGUGGUGAGGUUGUGAAUGGCAACCAACGGCUCAGUCCACUGCUCACCCCUCGCUUUUGAAACACAUAGAGAAGCUACUGUAGCCACCACCGAACAAACAGAUCACCGUGGGAGACAACUUAGUGAAAAAAGUUUGUCUGUUAAGGGCUUCUGUAGAAACAUGGCGGCCCAAAAUGGCGACUUCCAUGUAAGGGGACCCUCUGUGUAUGUAGAUAAAACGUCUCAUUCUAAGGUAAUAAGAACAUAACGGUUCAUUAUGAAAGGUUUUUAUACACCCUUGAUAAUAUAGUUUUGUAUAUUUUUUGCAUUUCUGUCAAGAGAAAAAUUACACACUGCACCUUUACAUCGACGUGGCGUAUACAGGAUUUUGCCAACAAAGUGGUAUUCCUGAAUGGCCUGAGGAUUAAGUUGAUUUGAAGCAAAAGUAUUUGAUGAAUAUAUAAUACAUGCCAAGAGCAUUCGGUUAUUAUCAUUAUCUCAUUUUUGACAGAGUUGGCGUUUAGCAGCUUUUGCAUCUGAGCUCCUCAAAUAUAGAAGUAGUUGU